CACCUAUCAUUUAGGAGAAGACUGCAUCUCGUCAGUGCGCCUCAAGGGAAAGUUUGAAAGGGAGAGGCUUCCUUUUGACAUGUGCAAUGACAGGUCCGUCAAGCAUAACCAAAGCUCAGGCCUUCUGCCCCUGGGGGGUUAUUUCCUCGUCAGCAGCAGAUGGCCACAAACCUAAAGAUGAGAUCUUUUUUCUCUCCAGUUUUGCGAUGAACAGAUAAGUGUACAUUACUCAGUGAUUUGAAUCAUAUGGGGGAGGAACAGGAUGUGCAGAUUAGUUUAGGGGGUUCUCAAACCAUCAGCCCCUGAGCUGGUUAACUUCCGUUGUGACCAUUUAAAUUAAAAUAAUAAUUGAAAGCAUUUGUAGUGUCUGCCCAAACGGAUAUGGCAACAAGGACUGAACUGAACAAAAUUUGAUGGAUGAGAUUCUUAGGGAAACUCCACCCAUCCAUCCAUUAUCUAACCUUUGAGGGUCCAGUGGGGUGGGGUUUGGUCUGCAGUAAAUCCCAGCCGACACUGGGCGGGAGGCGGGGUACACCCUGGACAGAAAAAUCUAUAUAUUUUUUUAACUAUUUAAACUUUUAGUCCACUUAACUGCCUUAAAUAUCAUUAAAAUAUAUAUGAUUUACACAACUUGAUGCUUGAAUGACUUUGGAAGAAUGGUCACAUCAACAUUGUUUGUGUAUAUCUCUGUCUGAUGGAUGAGAGCCUUUGGGUCCAGCUAAGUGUCAGAGUGGGUUUGAAAACAGAUCAGCAGCCUUCAGACGGAGUCAGACAGGAGAGAGCCCUUUGAGAGGUGUGCUGCCAUUCCCAGGCCUUCUCUCUCACAGUGUCUGCUUGUUUUCUCACCGGUUCACGUUCAUGUUCUCCUGGACGUCCAUUAACAUGCUAAUGAGCGUGUGUGUGAAUGAGCGUGCGGGAGACUGGAACCGACGGAGAGAUGGCGAAGAGUGUUGAGGAAGAAUAGCGGGGAGAAAGCUUGUCUUCCUGAGAAAUUGCCUUUGUGUGUGAUGAAUGGUGGGAUUGGCCAACCUCUCUCAGCCCGCUGCCGUGCUGCGCUGACAAGUGAGCAUUCCUUCGGAAAAGGAGUAAAAGUCCUCCUCGUCCCCGCCCCCCUUAAAGUCCUCUUUCUUCUGCAGGGAGCCGUGGGGAACUGCUGUGUGAGGGGGAAGGCUUUGGAUGAGGAAUCACAUUGUAGUGUUAAAUCCAGGGGCAGGAGCGAAGGCCAGUUUUUGAUAUGGAAUUAUUUCCAAUCAAUUUGAAGGAUGGGAUUGGAGGCAGGAUUUCAAUAAUGAAUAAUUCUACAUUUUUGGACUAGAGACCUUUUUAACCCAUGAAUAUACUGUGUUUUUAAUAUGUGCGUGAUACGUGCGUGUAUAUACACUCAUACACAUGAACAUAUGAUUGAAAUAGUAUUUAAGAAAAACAAAGUCAACAAGUAAUACAUUUGAUAACAUUUAAUUUGUAAAAUGCCAAUAUUACUAGGAGAGAAACCCAAUAGUCUUCUCUUUGAGCAAACACUUAAUAGGAAGAAACCUGGUGGUGUGUGUCCAUAAUAACAACAACAGCAUAAAUAGCAGCACCUAAUAUUAUUUGGAUUAUUAUUAGCGUUAAUAAUGACAAUAAUAAUAAUAGUUGUAGUGGAGAGACAAUCACAAACAACUAGCAUGGCAGAUUUCUUCAUCUUGUUGUGCAUGUCAAGUCUAAUAUAUGUUCUGUGGUGUUUUUCUUUAUAGCUUUAUAUCAGAAGUACAGAAUUAAUUAAGGGAAUAUUCUCAGCCCUGCUCAGGUUAUAAAUCAAAUGAAAAAAUCUCACAGGAAAUAUUCAAAUGAGAUUCAUCUUUUUUUAUGUGUGAAGCAGAAGUUUAUAAUCAAAUGAAGUGUAUAACCAAAGCGAAUCUUGUCAUGAUCAUACAAAAAAAUUCAUAUAAAAUAUAACAAUAACACUACUCAGCAAUAAUAAAGAGUUUAUGUAGUGUUUUAUGAACAAUUUAUUUAUAAUGAGUUCAAACAAACAUUUCAGGUUAAUUUUUUGUUGCAGUCGUAGUCUUCAGUUUGUUCAGACUCAGCCCAGCUGCUGUUUCUCAUCACUUUAGUUUAUAUAACAUGUAAUGACAUGUUAUAAUAUGAGGUUAUUAUUGCUUUUCCACAUUAAAAUACCUGACUGGUGAGACUUUUAAAACACACCCAUUGACGUUCGUGUGUGUGUGUGUGUGAGUGUAACUUACUGUAGUAACAGAGGCAAGCCAUAACAAAGUUACCUGUGUAAUCAGUAUUGGGAAAUCACUUGUGAAAUGUUUCCAUCUUGCACAAACAACAUUAAGUCGAGCCCAAAGACACGUGCUGUGUUUUCCUCUGGUUCUAUGAUGUGUUGCUGCCUGUCGCACUGUGACAUGCACUUUAUCUCUUUACUUUCUGUUCCCAGUUCAUUCUGUGUAUUCCCGAGGUGAAGCUGUUCCAUUAUAGCUUCGCUCAGAUUUCCUUUCUGUGUCAGUGUCAGGAAUAGGCCUGUCUGUGUUUCUUAAUUGGUCAUCAGGGACUGAGGACAAGAGGCCGCUGCAGAUAUUUAGCCCUGAGGCGGUGCUACCGUCAGUCAGGGCUCUCUGAUGGAGUGGCUCUGCUCCUCUGGGAUCGACGCUCUUACUGUAACAGGUUUUUCAGACUUGACUUUAAGAUGUUGGUGCUUUUUCUGGUUAGGCCCUUAAAAUGGAGCGUUCGCUGCAAAUGCUCAAACUGCAACAGGAAGUGAUAUUUUGGUGUACCGCAGUGAAGCGUCUCUCGUUUCCUGUUGUUGUCCGUGGGGUAUUGGAAAGAACGUCAUCUGCGACAGGACCGCCACGCCUCUGGAUGCCUUCAGAAUGAUGUCAGCUGCCCAGUACUACCCCAAGUUAUUGAGCAUCAUGGGAAAUGUUCUGCGUUUCUUGCCAGCCUUCGUUCGGAUGAAGGAACUCUUGGAAGAAGGAUACAUUGGGGAGCUUCUGGUCUGUGAGGCCCAGGUCCACAGUGGUAGUCUCCUGGGGAAGAAAUACAACUGGAGCUGCGAUGAUCUGAUGGGAGGAGGUGGCCUGCACUCGGUGGGCAGCUACAUCAUCGACCUGCUUACAUUUCUGACGGGCCAGCGCGCGGCCAAAGUCCACGGCUUCCUAAAGACCUUCGUCAAACAGACUGACCACAUCCAGGGCAUCCGUCAGAUCACCAGUGAUGACUUCUGCACAUUCCAGAUGGUGCUGGAGGGAGGCGCCUGCUGUACGGUCACUCUCAACUUCAACGUGCCCGGAGAGUUCCGUCAGGAGGUAAUCGUCGUGGGUACAGUCGGGCGGUUAACGGUCACAGGGACCGACCUGUACGGACAGAAGAACAGCGUGGGCGAAGGGAGCGGUGGUGGCCCCGAGCUGCUGCUCAAAGACACCACGCCUCUUGAGAAGGCUUCUUUGCCGGAGAAGGCCUUCAGUGACAUUCCCUCACCGUAUCUCACCGGGACGAUCCGCAUGAUCCAGGCCGUGCGGCAGGCCUUCCACGACCAGGAUGACCGGCGGACGUGGGACGGGAGGCCUCUGACAAUGGCUGCCACCUUUGAGGACUGCCUGUAUGCCCUUUGUGUGGUGGACACCAUCAAGAAAUCCAACCAGACUGGAGAGUGGCAGAACAUUGAGGUGAUGACGGAAGAACCAGAGGUCAGCCCCGCAUAUUUAAUCAGCGAAGCAAUGCGGCGGAGCAGGAUGUCUCUCUACUGUUAGCAUCUAGCUGAUGUGCUAAUGUAGUAAAGGUGGCUGACUGCCUGUGUUAUACUGUGUUAUCUUAAAAACUGGAGGUGGUGCUAGAAGGACCUUGAUAUUGUUGGAACCUUUUUCAUACAGCUCGUGGAGUAUUUUUUUUUUUUUUUUUUUUUUAAGACUGUCAUGUCUGUAUUUUUGCUGUUACAGACCCAGAGGUUACACCACUAUUACACAGAGAGUUAUGGCUUCCUGUCACCUUGCCUCUGCAGGAGAGGAAUGUGAAGCAAUGUGAUUAGUAAUUAAACUUUUAUUUAUGAGGAAGUCUUUCCUGUUCCUUUUGACGGACGACUUGUGCCCUUUAAGAGGGGGGGAUGCACCUGUAAAUCAAACUGAUCCAUGCAACAGAAAGAUCGAGAUACAGUCCCACAGCGGAGGCAGAUGUGGGAGUGGAACUAAAGCUUCUGUGUUCCGCUUGACCGCGAGGGUAUUGCACCUCUCGUCUCUGCCCCUCCUCUGUGUGUAUGUGUCUGGAAGUCAACACCUUUCACUGUGGGUCCGAAUGAGGACAGCCGAGGAAGAACGACAUUCCGCUCUGUUGAAACUUUACUGCUUUAUUGUUGCUAUAAAUCUGAAGAACUUGCUAGUUUUACCAAGUGAAUGUUUAAAAAAACAAAACAACAACUGUGUGCUUGAUAGCUUCGGUCUCUGUCUGCCCUGUGUGCUUCCACAGUAUGUGUGAAACAAGAGAGGAAAAAAAUCAAUGGUUUGGCUGGUGGGAUGUCAGAGGGGUUGACCUCCUGGUUCACGUAUGCAAUAUGUUCAGGCUGAAGUCGGCCGCAGACAUACUUUUAUCUUCCACCCUGGAGUCAGGGGUUAGGAUGCACUAAACGCUUUAUGCAGUUACAGUAGCCUGUGCAUCAGUUUGAGAGUCCUGUAUGGGAGGCCAAAGGUUUAUACCAUGCUUUCUCUGUCGUCUUAAAGCACAGCCAUCAAAUACACUAACAUCUGUGAGACCUGUUGGAUCAUAAUAGUCUGUACUGAGCCUUAAGUGUGGGUAAUGAUAAGGUCUUGCACUAAGUUGCGAGUCAAUACUUAGCUAUGUGGGGGGGGGGGGGGGGGUAAUCUGCAUAUUGCAAUACAGUGGGUCACUGAUGCUGGAAGCUAAUGUCAUUAUAAGACAGGCUUAUUAGGCCUCUUCAACAUGCACAGUGACACGCAAACUUGUCAGGUCUUGAGAAACUUGUGCAGUGUCCGCAGGGUUAGGUCGUUGAGAGUUUAAAUGUUAAGACAAUGUCAGAAGAUCCCAUGAAAAAGAAGGUUAAUCAGUUUCUCAGUACUUUCUGACUUCACUCUAUAAGCCUGUUGGUUUUAAGAUGAUCCGUAGAGCUGCACUAAUCAGUAUUUUUUAAAUAACAAUGGGUCAAAUGACUAAUGCUAUGUGAAAGGUGUUGCUAGAGAAACCAACCGGAGGUUAUCACUUGACUAUGCAGUUACCCUCAGCUUAAAGUAGCAUUUUAACAUUAUUUGAGAAAUUGUAUUAAAAUCUUUAACUCAUUUCCAGUAUUUAGUUGUCUAAUACAGACACUUGCAGUUUAAGGUCGGUGUACAGCUCAGAAACCCCACUGACACCCACACACAUCUGGGUUUUGUCUGCGGUGGGAAUGCAAUCAGCUUUGAGUCGUAGGUCACAUGACUCUACAGUACACACAGGUUUUUAUCAGCUCUGUGUGAAAGUGAUGGAAAGGUAACACCCAGGUGAAUGGGACAAUUUGUCACAACAGUUAUGGUGCUUGACGUUGCACUUGAAAAAAACAAACAGCCAGGCCUUUUUGUAGCGGGUUUACCCACAUUUAACAUAAAUAAAUAUAAUAAACAAAACACUUAUUCCUGCUAAUUAUGGUGUUAAAGAGGUAUCACAUAGGAUUGACUCAAAUAUUGUAGCUCUAUGGCACAGAUGAAUCAGAUCAGGUUCUGUCUACAUCAAGAGUAAAGGAUCAAUUUGUUGUUGUUUAUUUGUCUUUUCAUGGGCUUUUUUGACAAUAAGUAAAUAUACAAGGACCAACACCACAUUUAUCCUUCUACCACUCAGAAGCAAAGCAAAGUUUAGAACAAAACACGUGUAUUAUAGCAGGUAUCAGGAUAUUGUGUGAAAUGAAUGGUGGGAUCAUUCAUCAGUUGCUGAAAAAAUCCAACCUCUCAUUGUGUUAGCUGUAAGAAAGUAUUUGUAAAUUUCAUUUGGCUUGAGGUUUGGUCUCACUCCAUGCAGGUGAACGAACAACACUGACCUACAAAAGCCAAAAGAUUGAUUUUUUGUUUAUGCAUCUCUGUGGUCCCUAUGGUCCCUAUGUGCGGCUUCAAGCUCUUUAAGCUGUGCUGAAAUACUAUCUAUGUAACGACUACUGAAAAUGAACAUGUGAAAAUAUUAUGAAACGAUAUGUGUGUGUCUUAAGAAAUAAAACAAGUACUGUAUGUAUUUUAUUUUGUAAAAACCAAGGAACUGGAAGAUGUUUUCAAUGAGUGUUAUGGUAUUUAUUCUUUUGUUGUUGUGUAUUUAGCAGACUGAGGUUUCUUAGUUUCCCCCCAUUUAUGAAUUAUUUACCAAAAUCGUCUUCAAAACACAAGAAGCUUUAUGUUUGAAUUUCAGACCAGUGAAGUGUCCAUAAUCAUCCCAGUUGUAAUCCAGCCUCACCACACUGUCCUCCAGUGCCCUCUCUGUGAUAAGAAAAGUCUGUGGUUGUAGCUGUUCGGAGGUCAGAGGAUCUAACAGCAGCGUUUGACCCAUUUUAUUCUUUGUGGUUUGAUCGGAUGUGUCACAUGAGGUCAGGGCACAUUACAGUUCACGCUGUGAUGGGGUUGGCCACACACAACACUAGUGUAGGCCAAUGAUUCAGGGAGAAAAAGAAAAACAGCGUCAAUAACCGGUCGGCCGGAAAAAAGUCCAACACUGAUAAGCUAUCUCUCUUUAAGAUUGCUCAAGUUAUUUUAUUGACCCUUGUGCACCGAGCACCUUAUCAAAUCUGCAUAUAGACUUUCCCCCUUUGUCCGAUAACGAGGCUCAAAACAUAUGUUUGCCUGAUUUAGACUUACCAAAAACAAAUAUCUGGUGGAGUUUCAGGGUUUACUUCAUCUUUCUUCUUAUUAUUAUUAUUUUCAUGACUAUUCUGUCUUAAUCAGGAUGGAGGCUUCGGAGUGAGGAGGUAAACAUUUAUGUCAUGAUUUAACUGGCAGCCUCGGUCAGGCAGGACUAAGCAGACACUGGAUAGUCAGGCUGUGUAGGAAAUAUACAGAAUAAAUUAUUUAACAUUAUGGCUCUAAUAUUCAGGCAUCAUAUGUUUUCUCUGCCCCAUGAAACCUGUAAACACUUUAUUACUUUCUGCUUUAUGGUUCUGUGCUCCUUGGAUGUUUGGCCUUUGCAGUCUGAUUUGGAGGUGAAUGAUUUCCUUUAACUAGAGACAACAAAACAUUCAAUCAGACGUUAGACAGGCAGUUGAACCAAAUCUCUUUCAGAAGCUGGUUUUACUAUAAAUGUUGAGACUAAAGUUUGCUUUAUGUUUUUGCUAAAGCCCAAUGGAUACCAGUGGUGAUAGCAAGUCAAUGAAGGUGACUGGAAAUCCCAGAAAGAAAGAUAAGGUGUGUUGCUCAAAUAGUCGUCUUACACUGGGGAAGGAUCAUAUCAUUGUUAGUUAUAGGGUUACACUCAACAAAUUGAAAGUUAACCCUUUAUUGCGUGGAUUUGUACUUAAACAAGUACAUUUUAGUUUGGGCUUUUAUUCCCUGAAGGUGCUUAAGUAAUGGAAAUAGAUUAAUUCAAAUGUGUUGCUGUUCUGCAACAAUGCCCAAUGAUGGAAAUAACCAUAAUACCAAGUACCAGAUGUUUUCUUUUCUUUUUGAACUUGGAAAAUCCAGGUUAUAUUUAGUCAAAUGCAGUACCCAAUAUUUCUUUAUUAGUUCCAAUUGUUAUUUGGACUGUUUGGUGAUAUUGACAUUGCAUACACUAUGUAAUAUGACACACGUGAGAUGAUUUUCCUGCGCAAAAACAAAUUAAUUUCUUUAUCGACAUUGAUUCCAUAAUGCUGCUUUUCAGUAAAAUUGAAAUAAAGGAUUUUUUUGCCAACA